AUGCUGCCCUCAUCCGUGCGCCGUGUCGUCGCUGCGACGCCUCAGUCGCCCACCGUUUCCUCCCUGUCCUCGUCCGUCCCGCGAGCUGCUGCCUCAUACAGCCUCUCGUACAGGCCGACAGGCUUUCAACAGCGCCGUUACUCGUCAUCAAAACCGUCGAGCCCGGACGACGGCUCCAAGGAUUUCGCCGCUCGCCCGGUUCCCGCAUCACGAAGCUCCAAGACAGAAAAGUCCAAGGGGCAAGCAAAAGCGGCGGCUCCACAACCCCCCAGCGUUCCUAGUACUAGGCAUAUUGGAGAUGAAGGCCUCGCCCUCUCCACCUUUUUCGCCCUCCACCGGCCCAUCUCGGUAACGCAGCUCAUGCCCAAGUCCGUAUCCGACGACGCCUUUGCCCGGAUAUUCGCCACGCGGACUCGAAACAACAGAGUCGCCGACGUGCUCUCGACCCUCUCACAAACGGUAUCUGACCUGGAGGAGCCCCUGUCGAAACUGAACGUUGCCAACGGAGACAAGCAGCGGUCGCAAGAGGCCCACGAUGCCGAGGAGGGGACAGCGAAGCUCAGCCUAAAGCACAGCGACGGCUCCGAGACCAACCUCCACAUCCAGCUCAACCCCAUGGCUGGCCAGUACCUGCCCUACGCCCCACCCCCGGCCCCCGAGCCGCUCGCCGAGACUGCCAUCGAUGCCGAGUCGGCCAACAGCGCCAUCGCCGAGGAGCUCGCGGAGCCGCAGGACGCCCAGACGCGCGUGUACAAGGCCAUGGUGACCAUCGAGGAGACGGUUGACGCCGACGGGCAGGUCAAGGUGGUGGCGCACAGCCCGGAGCUGGUCGAGGAGGGGGCGACCGAGCGGCCACAGUCCUUCCUGGAGCGCAUGCUGUGGCGACAGCUGCGGUACGACGAGUCGCGCCGCCACCAGGGCCGCACCAUGCAGGCCAUCAGCGUGCGUCGGCAGCGCAAGCUGCGCAUGAAGAAGAAGAAGUACAAGAAGCUGAUGAAGAAGACGCGGAACUUGCGGCGGAAGCUGGAUCGUCUGUAA